CAAUGAAAAAUUUAGUGGGAUACUUUCGAACUACCGCUAAACGUAAAAUACUAACUUGCGGUAUGUAGCGAUGCAUUUGCGAAUUAGCUUGCGGAACAAUGACUCAGUUAUUUAUAUGGCAAUUAUAGUCGGUUGCUUUCAACCUGUUCUGCAUUCGACACUUAUUAGGUUUACGAGGGUACUUCAACGAACAGCUGUCCAUUCAGUUGAAUAAAAACGUGGCGCGUGUUACUCUUGGCUGGGCACGGGCCUUGGCCGCUAACCAUGUUGUAGUCAACCCCGUUAUCACGUCCUUGUCAUACAAGGGUAUUUUUACGUAAAUCCAUCUCUUUUCUCCAUGUGUUACGGUACUCGGGGUGGUGUUGUGUUGGUGCAAAGUUGUUUAGACGUCGUCAACGGCAACGCAGUCCAUACUCGACACGCGGCUGCACACAACCCGCUCGUGCACCAAUAGUUCCAACCGACAAUAUUUUUAAAUUAAAUUAAUAUUUUUUUUAGUGUUACGUAAUAUUGUCCUGUGAUUAUCACAAAUGCCCCAUAAAAUAUUUGCUAUGCUAAGGAGAUGACAAUAUUCUUGUUGAAAACAAGAUGCCAUUAUUGAACAACAACGAAACCAAUUUGCCUACAACAAGUUACGUUGUUGAUAAUUCUAGUUGUAAUUUAGAAUCGUUGUAUUGCUCACAUCUUUGGUCCAACAGCAGUUUAAGAAGAACAAUCAUAAACGCACCAGUUACAGAUAACAAAAUAACUAAAUACUGCUCAUCGUGUAGAGGUAAGAUAAGAAAUUAUAAAUUGAAGUCUGCAAAUGAAAGUUUUACCCCAAAAUCAUAUUCUACUCCGAGAGAGAAAUUUAGUUUAAGGCGAACGGAAUCGAAAUUAGAUGACUUAGAAAAAAUAACCAGCUGUGAUGAAGGUAGUUUAGCCAGAUAUUUAAGCGAGAACGAAAUUGUCAAUUCAAAUAAAACGAUUCCAACAAUAUCUGAAGAUAUUGACUCUAGUAUACAACAUAAAUUUAGAUGUAUCUCGUAUGAUACCAAUAUCUCUACAGGACAAGGAAGAUUAAGAAAAAGUCUAAAAGAAAUCGGCUGCUUCGUAGACUUGACUCAAAGUUCUAUAAAGAAAAGAACGCAAUUACAAGUGUGCUCAAUAAGCAUAAUGAUACUAGCAAUCGUUAUAAUUAGUUUAAUUUUAGUAAACUUUACGUCACAUCAUGAAACACAAGCCACCAAUAUCAUUAGUACAAACGCAGUGCCAACAAAAAAUAUAGAUUUAAACGAAGUUACUUCAGCGACUGCCAGUAUUUAUUCAGAGUUGCCUUUGACUGCCACUGUUAGAAGCACAGAAAUUGACACAACACUUGCACCAUUUACGACAACUGCAAAAAAUAUAUCUUUCUUAUCAAAUCUUUUAACAAAAAUUCGAAAGAAUAUCAAGACGUAUCCCAAAGAAGGGAAUAAAACUCAACCUAGUUUUAAGAUAAACAAAGACUCGAUGACUGGAGGAAAUAUCACACAAAAAUUUUGCGAGUGCCAAAAAUCCGAAGUGUGUAUGUUAGAAGAAACAAGUGGAACAUCGGUUUGUCAAAUAGCAAUAGAUCCCGAAGAUCCAACAGGUUGCGGUGGGCUGUGCGCACUGGAGACGGAGGCGUGCCAUCUGGUGGAUAAGGCGCGUGGCGUGCGGGUAUGCCGGCCGCUGAGCGCGGUGGUAUGUGCUGCGCGUCAGUGGCGGUGCAAGAACGGCUUCUGUGUAUCUGAGCACGCCCACUGCAAUGGCUCUAUUGAAUGCUACGACCGCUCCGAUGAAAUGCAUUGUGAUUGCGACCUAACAAAAGAGUUUCGGUGCGGCCAGUCUAUAUCAUGCUUUCCUAAAGCCAAGCUCUGCGACGGAGCCAUCGAUUGCUGGGACGGCCUCGACGAAAUAAACUGCACUCCAGAAUGUCCAGACUAUCAAUUCACGUGCACGAAUGGAGAAUGCAUAACAUCUUCGCGUUUCUGUGACGGGUUAGCAGAUUGCAGCGACCAUAGCGACGAGCCCACUGGCUGCGACGGAGGCUGUAAUGCUCACGAAAUACGUUGCUCAAACAAACGGUGCAUCCCUAGACUACUACGAUGCGAUGGCCGUGACGAUUGCGGAGAUAAUAGUGAUGAACUUCAUUGUCCUUAGAUAAAGAUCUACAUUCUCGGGUACAUGCUAUAUUGUCCAGUUUAGACUAAUAGUGAAUAAGAAUAAUCUAAAUUGGGCAUAAUGCAUACAAUGCUCAGUAAUUGAACUCAUUCAGACAAUCUGCAACGUAUGUGUUGUGUACUUUGAUUUCGAGUACCAUUGUUAUCAAGACUAGUGACAUUGUCGCAAUAAAUGUAAAGAUAUAAUGUUGAUGUAAAUUAAUCGAUUUUUAAUGUAACUUAUAGGAGAUGCCCUCUUGAUAUUUAUAAAGUAAUAUUAAAUAGUAUUGUACUUUGAAUGAAUUAAGGUGGUACAUGCCGUGGAAACCCUUAUUAAGAGGUCGAUCUGUCGUCUAAAUGGUCUAUUAUUUUUAUACUAAUUAAUAUAAAUUUAAGCGAGAUUUUAAAUAUUUACGGGUAUUGUGAGUUCAAGAAAUAUAAAACAGUUUUAGGAUUAUUAAAUUGUUUAUUACCCACCGCACAUCGAAAACAAACUGUAUAAGUGUUUCUUGGGACUUGGGCCAAAUGUCUCUUAAUUAAUUACUGGGGUUUUGUUAUUUUUAAAAAUAAAGAUUGUGAUUUUUAA